CACAAAAAAGAUUUAAGAAAUAAAUAAAAAGGGCGUUAAUUUUAAGCAAAUAAACAAAACAAAAUGUUAAAUAUUGUAUGAAAAUAAUAAAAUAAAUCUAUUAUUUUGUUAAAGAAGAAAGAAGUAAGCAGCAGAUGUUUUUGUAAAACUACAACCUACAUUAUAUUAAAAUAAAAAGAAAACAUUUAUUUUGUUGUGCACCAAGUGGAAGUUCUCUUCUUCUUUAAUUAAUUGUUGUUAUUGUUGCUGUAAAGUAUCUACUAUAAUAUUUAUUGUGCGGCGGCCGUUGUUUUUUUUAUAUUGAGAUCAUACACUCAUUAUCUCAUUGUUUUGUAUUCAAGUACGUUUAUUCUACAAUUUUACUAAAUAUUUUUUAUAUAUUAUCUGCCAUAAAUACAAGAAGAUUAGGAACGUGGCAAUUUCAUCUGCUCCAAGCCAAUCAACCAACCAACACAUUAAGAUAAACUUUAAAUUGUCAUCAUAUUUUGCACAAUAUUAACACAAAACGAAAAAAAAAAUAAUUAUAAUAAACUCAGAUAAAAAGUUUAUCAACAAAACAACUACAAGCCAGACACAAUAAGAAAACAAAUAAACUACACAUUAUGAUUGCUGGCUACGGUCCUGUUACUCAGGCUUUAUUGGGCACUCUACUAACAUGGGGCCUAACGGCGGCCGGAGCAGCCUGCGUAAUAUUUCUACGCGGCAAUCAACGUAAAUCUCUAGAUGCCGCUUUGGGUUUCGCUGCGGGCGUAAUGAUUGCUGCCUCGUUUUGGUCUUUGUUGGCGCCAGCCAUUGAAAUGGCUGAAAAUUCCCAUUUGUAUGGCGUUUAUGCGUUUCUGCCCGUCUCUGGAGGUUUUCUAUUGGGUGCCAUAUUUGUUUAUGGCUGCGAUAAACUAAUGUCUUAUUUGGGCUUAAACUCGUCAAAUAUGAUGAUACAAAUGACGCAGAGUAAUAAAGAUAAGGCUGAUAUUGCCAUGGAUGAUAUGAAACAUAGUCAGCACAGUGUGGGUGGUGGUGUUAUGGAUGCCGCUAAAAGUAUGGAUAGCUUUUCAGACUGUUUAAGUGCACAGCACAGUCACAAUGAGCCCAGGCGUCGCAAGAAGCCUAGUAUCGAUGUGGAACGAACCAAUCACACUUAUGUGGCCACCGAAGAGGAGAGAGCCAAGGCCGAAAGUGCGGUGGCUCAAUGGAAACGCAUUAUGUUAUUGGUGGUGGCCAUUACGGUACACAAUAUACCCGAAGGUUUGGCUGUAGGUGUUAGUUUUGGUGCCAUAGGCUCUUCCAACUCCUCCACCUUUGAGGCUGCCCGCAAUUUAGCUAUUGGCAUAGGCAUACAAAACUUCCCCGAGGGUCUAGCCGUUAGUUUACCUCUACACGCUGCCGGCUUUAGUGUCAUGAGAUCUUUAUGGUACGGCCAAUUGUCGGGUAUGGUAGAGCCUAUUUUCGGUAUUUUGGGCGCUGUAGCAGUAACAUUUGCCAGUCUUAUUUUACCCUAUGCUCUGUCAUUUGCUGCUGGCGCCAUGAUUUACAUUGUGGCCGAUGAUAUUUUGCCCGAGGCUCAUGCUAGCGGUAAUGGCACCAUAGCCACUUGGGGUACAAUAGCUGGUUUCCUAAUAAUGAUGUGUCUGGAAGUAACACUAUCGUGAUGUUUAUUACAGGGUUGUUGCGGCGUCAUAAUAAUCAUGUUAUUGAAGAAAGAAUGUAACGCCGCUUUAAGCUACUUAGCCAUUCCUAGAAAAGUUUUUAUUUACAAAACUUUUCCAGUUAAUAGAUUUUUAAUUUAAAUUGUAAUAUGUAUGUUGUAUGUGUAAACAUGAUGAUUGAUGAUGAUAUUGAGGUGAUAUAAAACUAAAGGUAUAACACAAAAUUAAUGAAAACUAUUUUACAGAAAUUAGUUGUAAACAAAACUAAUGUUUUAAGACAAAAAACAAAAACCCGAGUAUCAAAUUGUAAAUUUGAUGUUAACUAAGAUAAUCAAUAUGAAAACAGUUAAUAUUUGUGUUAAAUUUAAAAUGAAUAGCUUGUAAAACUAUUUAAAUAAUUUUAUUUUAAAAAUGUUUACUUAUUUUUUAUGUUGAUAAAUUUUUAUAGUUUAAACAAAACUCUAAACACAUUUUUUUAUUUUUUAAAAUUAUAAAUAAAUCAUAAAUAUAAAUAUGCUUUUUAAACAUAUUUAUAGCAAUCUUAAUUAAAUGUUAUAUUAAUCUUUUUAAACUUAAGGCCUUAUUCAUAAUCAUAUUUUAAAUUUAUCAAAGGUUUAUAAAACAAUUUUUGCAUAGAAACAUUGUUUUAUAAACCUUUUAUAAAUUUAAAAUAUAAUUAGGAAUAUGAGGGUAAAAUAGCUUUUGAUGUUUUUUUAAGGGAUAGUUAGUAUGUGUUCAAAAAUACAAAAAAAAUAUUAGAGGAUUUUAAAUACAUUUAAUAAAAUGGUUUAUUCAAGAGUAA